AAGGUUAUCGGCGCGUUCACCGCGAUGGAGACUUUGGACCUCCAGGGCAACUUGAUCAGCAGCGUACCAAAGGAGAUUGGCGCGUGCGUCUCUUUGAGAAGGCUCGUGCUGACGGGGAACAUCCUGAAGACUCUCCCGAAGGCGAUUGGACAGCUCGCGUCGCUGAAAACGUUGUUGAUCUCCGAGAAUGGGUUGAAGACGUUGCCCGCCGAGAUUGGAAACUUGACGCAGCUGGAGCAUCUCGACGUUAGCUGGAACAAUUUAAUCGCGGUGCCCGCCUCCAUCGCACGGAUCACCGACACUCUCAAGGCUCUCAACCUGCAGAGCAACAAACUGACGACAGUCCCGAAGGAAUUUGGAAAGCUCGCGUCGCUCGAGUUUCUCAACCUGGCCGACAACGAUAUCCGCGACAUUCCCAUGGAGCUCGGCGACCUGGAAUCGCUCGAAGAGAUGGACCUCUCUGAUAACGCUGGACUUACGAGCCUGCCGGAGUCUGUUUUG